GCCUAAUACUGACCGUCGAGGCUAUACUAGAGGACUUACAACCUGUCAGUUAUCUCUGUCAACAACGUUAUACUGCGGAUAGUGUAAUUAAUCAUGUCGCUAGUACAAGUUCAAAGCAGAGGUGCUGAUAGAAGUGCAUGUAAACGUCAGCAUUCAUCAAGACGUAUAGACGAAUAUACAGGAACUGGUUCAAAUGUUGCAAAAGACAUUGCUUCUACCAUUAACGGAGGAAAGAAAAGGCGUCAUAACAAUGUCCUGGAUACAGACUACAAAGCAACAAGUAAAUCAAAAUCUGAGUGUCCGUAUAAAAUUUUGAAAUACGAAGUGUCCAAAAAAGACUAUGGACGUUUGGACUACAAUGCCGAGAUUGCGCGUAGAAUACACUCAAAAAUACCGGUUGCGGAUCUAGAUGUACCAGACAUCAUCAUAGAUGAUUGCUUUACAUUUCUGGUAAUAAUUCCGAAUGCAAGCAAACAUUCUGAACUCAUCGGCGAGGAGCAUGUGACGGACAUUACGAAAGAAUGGUCCGGAACAGAGAAGAAAGGGAAGAGGUGGAUUAGUCUGUUGUCGCGGAGGGCUACACCCAUCGAGAUCACAGAAGAAUCAGCGGUGCUUUUUCUUGCGGAUAAACCUGAGGAAGACUUGAAGAAUAACUCGAAGGUUUGCAAAUUCCUUACGUUUUCCUUUGAAAACGAAAUAUUUGCUUACGCUGAACGAGCUUUACAGUAUGUCCAAGACCAACUUGCUAAGAAAAGGGAACACAAACAAGAGACGUUGAGCUAUACCAGGCUGGAGAUUUAUUCUCUUCUUGCUAGAAAACUACCGGACCACGAUACACCUAUCAAACAGUCUGUGCAGGAUUGUGGUAUCCGGGGCUUCUGCAACACUAUUGACGGAUUCUUAGUUCUUGUUGCCGAACCAAAACGAAAAGCUGACAAGACACGCAUUGCAGAUAGUAUCGAAAAAAGUUUGCGGAAACUGCUGAAAGAGAAACCUAAAUUGGUAUGGGUUAACAAAAUAACAAUGGCUGAUCUUACUGCUCAAGGUUGUAAACUUACCAACACAGAGACAAAUCACUGGGGAACCCUAGGCUGUUUCGGCAAAGACCCUGGCAAUUCGUUGGUAGCAAUAACCGCUGGGCAUUGUGUAGAGAAAGAUCAAAUCGUCCAAAUAGAAAACAACGGCACUUCGGAGGAAUUCGGGCGGUGUGUACAAAGUCACAAUUCGACUGAAUUCGACAUUGCGGUCAUUAACAUUAACGAUAGCAUGGAACCUCGUUGCACAUUUAAAUUUCGUAAUGAAAAGGACGAAGUGUGCAAGGCGUCCGUAUAUCAGGGGGAUCAAAUCAGGAACUGGCCGGUACAUAAAAUAGGAGCUGCAACUCAAUGGACUAAGGGCGUUGUAUACUGCGGGGAGGCUCGCGUGUGUGACGAUAUUGGAAUCAUCAUUGUAAACGUGAACGACAUCGUCUUCGCAGAAGAGGGCGACAGUGGAGCUAUCGUGUUCUUCUAUGAUCCAAACGACAUACAUAACAGGGAGGUGAAGCUGCUAUCCAUAGUAUCAAAAAAUGUCACUGUGGAAAAAAAAGGCACCAUUCCAGUUGGACUUUCUAGAAAACCAACAUUGACUCGAAGCUUGAAAGAUGGACUCGAUAAAGUCCCCAAUAUCAUAAUAGAAUAUGAAAGGGAUUGAAAAGACAAACUCUGGAGGUAAAAGGAAACCUUUUUCAUUACAUACUGACUAUGAUAUUUAUUUGGGAGAAAUAUUUAUCGAUUUUGUUUUGUUUUGAUUGAUUUGGACAGUUAAUUAGGAAGAACGAGAAACGGACUGAAAUUAAGAUACUUUUUUGUAUAUCUAACAUUUGGUUUAUAUACAAAAUACUACGGUAUAAACAUCAGACCUACCCAUGCAAGCACAUGCAUUUGUUAAAGGAAUACUUCCCAUCUGUCAAUCAUAUAUACACAAAGUUGGAGGGACGAUAGUCUAGUGACCGAAGGGUUGCGGGUUCAAGUUACGUCACGGCACUGUGUUGUAUAUUUGAACAAGAUACUUUACUC